AUGAGUAGUAAUACUAAGGGAGUACUAAAGCAGCGACAGAAGCGCAAGUCUCUUGCUGAGGAUUAUGGUGGUUCCAUAGGUGAAGAUCUGUUGGAAUAUAUGGAAAAUGAAGAAAAUUCUGGUCCUGUACAUCAAUCUGUCGAUAGUGUUGGUGCCUCGAGUAAUUUAUCACGUCGUAUUCAAAAUCGUCUUCAGAAGCUCAAUGAAGUAGCGCAGUCUACGGGUAAAGAUGGCGAUACUUCUGAUUACUAUGACUUUUCAACGCUAGAUAUGAAACCAGAUCAUGAUAUGCGACCUGUGUGGGUCUGUCCUAAUGGUCGUAUCUUUCUUGAGGCCUUUUCGCCCAUUUAUAAACAGGCUUAUGACUUUCUUGUAGCAAUUUCAGAGCCAGUCUCUCGUCCAGAGUUUCUACAUGAAUACAAGCUCACGCCAUAUUCUCUUUACGCUGCUGUCUCGGUGGCUAUUGAAACUGAGAGUAUCUUGAAAGUACUGGAAAGAUUGUCGAAGAAUCGGCUGCCACAGGGCAUUGUGGCCUUUAUCAAAGACUGCACACUUAGCUACGGAAAAGCUAAGCUUGUACUUCACCAUAAUGAAUUUUACGUGGAAAGUUUGUACCCUGAGGUACUGCGCAAACUACUUGAGCAUGAACAUAUUCGAGCUGCGCGUGUGAAAGAGACAGCGGAUCACAAUGCAACCAAUGCCUCGUCAGCCGCGGCCCCGCCUGUGGCACCAGACGGGGCACGACCAGAAGCUGCGAGCGAGUUUAUUCAGAAGGAUGUGUCUGCUGAGGAUCAAGCUAAUUUGCAGUACCAAAAGCUGCUGAAUGAAGAUUACAAUGUUGCGGAUGAGAACCACCUUGGAAUGUCAUCCGGUAAUCAGCAGAAGACCGUACGCACCGUGUCAUUUAAGAUCAGAAAGACAAUGGUAGAGCAAGUAAAGCGCGCGUGUCUGGAUUUAGAUUACCCGCUUAUGGAGGAGUACGACUUUCGUAACGACAAGACCAUCCCAGACCUGGAGAUGGAUUUAAAACCCACAACACGCAUUCGUGAGUACCAGGAAAAGUCACUAAGCAAAAUGUUUGGCAACGGUCGUGCACGUUCUGGCAUUAUUGUUUUGCCAUGCGGUGCAGGCAAGACGCUUACCGGCGUUACGGCUGCUUCCACCAUUAAGAAAUCGUGCUUGUGUCUUUGUACGUCGGCUGUGUCUGUAGAGCAGUGGACCGCACAGUUCAAAAUGUGGACAAAUAUUCCGGAGAAGAAGAUUGCACGUUUCACCUCAGUUGCGAAAGAUUACAUUGACCCUAGCUCUGGAGUGAUCGUGACCACUUACACUAUGGUUGCUUUUGGUGGGCGUCGCGCUCGCGCAUCAGAGGAGGUCAUGCAACUUAUUCAAGGCCGUGAGUGGGGCUGUAUCUUGCUGGAUGAGGUGCAUGUUGUGCCUGCUAAGAUGUUUCGUAAGGUGAUUGGCUCGAUUGCGUGCCAUUGUAAACUCGGUCUAACGGCCACUCUUGUGCGCGAGGAUGAUUUGAUCGGCGACCUGAAUUUUCUCAUUGGCCCGAAGUUGUAUGAAGCCAAUUGGAUGGAUUUGACGCAAAGCGGAUUUUUAGCUAACGUAUCGUGUGUGGAGGUAUGGUGCCCCAUGGCUGGAGAAUUCUACCGGGAAUAUUUGCGAGAAAACAAGAGCGCACGCAAGCGCGCACUUCUGUACGUGGCUAACCCAAAUAAGUUUACAGCCGCCGAGUUUCUGAUCCAGUACCACGAGGAGCGUGGUGACAAGAUUCUGCUUUUUUCAGACGAUGUAUUCGCGCUGCGUCUGUACGCAACGAAGCUCAAUAAGGGUUACAUUUACGGUGGAACCGGAGAGCGCGAGCGCAUGCGCCUGCUGCAAUCCUUCCGAAGCUCUCCUCUGGUCAACGUUAUUUGUAUUUCCAAGGUCGGUGACACGUCCAUUGAUCUACCAGAGGCAAAUGUGAUCAUCCAAGUGUCGUCUCACUUUGGCUCACGACGACAGGAAGCUCAGCGUUUAGGGCGUAUUUUGCGUCCUAAGGCCAAUGCUACGGGCGGGUUCAAUGCCUUCUUUUACACGCUCAUUUCCACGGACACACAUGAAAUGUUUUACUCGAAUAAGCGUCAGCAGUAUCUCGUAGAUCAAGGCUACACGUUCAAGGUAGUGACGGAUCUCUUCGAGCCAGGGUCAUUUGAAGGGGUGUUUACACGUAAAGAGGACCAGCGGGCAUUGUUAAAUGAAGUGCUUAGUGCUGAUGUUGAAAGUGCCGCGAAGGACGAGAAUGCCGCUAUUCGCGAUGAUGAAGAUUUGUCGCGUUUCGAGCUUUCAGGUCACGGCCGCAAGAAGAAAAAGUUGACAUCACUUGGCGCUCUCUCGGGUGCAGAUGGUUUCAAGUAUAUGGAAUAUUCAGCUGGUCACGGUGCCAAACAGCGUCAUAAUCUCUUUCGUGAUCGGUAUCGCUAG